CCACUCAUACAACACACACACACACUUGCCGCGCAGCUUUGGUUGUUACCGCCGCCGAUCCCGCUGCUGCUGUUGCUGCUGUAUGGCUUGGCUGCAGCUAAGUCUGGAGGGGAGGGCUAAUCUUUAGUGCUGGUCAGUCUGGGAUAGCUCUCUCCCCCUCGUUCAGUGCUGUGUAUGGCAUUAAAAGGAUAACAAGCACCCGAUGGACAUCUCAACCUGGAUGGUUCUUAUGUGAGUUGUGUGAGAUCUGUGUUUUACUUCUGGAGGAAGAGAUGCAACUGUUCACUGGUUAAUGUUCUAUUCUCUGAUUUGAAGGAGCUCUGUUUCAGAGACUUUCCUGUUGAGGACCACUGCGAACGAUGAGCUCCACUCUCCCAUGUGAGCGGGGGGACUGCUGUCACCUUUGCUCCCGGCCUGAGUGAACUUCUCAAGAGUGGUCACGACCUUUGACCUUGAACCUUCACCCCACCCUUUGCGGGACCUGCACAGCUCAGGAGAGGCUAAUGGCCAGCUUAGUGGUUUGACCCUGCUGUGUGUUAAUCUGCGGGAGGUUUGUGCCCGGUGCGAGCUGCAGACAUGAGUGCAGCGCAGCCUGUGGAGAGAAGCUCUGCCGAGAGCCUGAAGGGCACCCAGUAUGACCUGACUCUGACCUUUCGGGACGGGGACCAGAACGGAAAUGCCUUUGCGGAGUCUUCCUCGUCCUCUUCAUCCUCCUCCCCGUUGAGCCGGGGUGAGUCGUCCCCGGCGUCCGUGCGCAGCUCCAUCAGCCUGAGCAGCGGUCGCUCCAGCAGCCCCCUGGACGUCGACAUGCAGGAAUGCCCACAGAAGCUUCUCGCUGGGACCAACGGCCACGUGGAGAACACCAGAGAGACGUCAGUGUUGGCACCUGCCAGUGCACAGCAACAGCAGCAUGACUGCUCCGAGUCCAACGACAACUCCGUCUCUGUCUACCUGGAUGCCCGUGAGAAUGACGACGACGCCACCUGGAACAAUAACGAGAAUCUUGCUCUGGUGUUCAUUCAAGAAGACACCAGUGGUGACCAUGGCGAUAUCCACGGAGAUCACUACGGGAACCAGAAUGGCAGUAGGAGACGGUACUCGGAUGAUUCUCCGGCCCCUCUGUGCUCCUCAGAGAAUGACGACAUUGAUGAUGAUGAUGGUGAUGAUGAUCAGGAGGAUUCGUUCUUGUCGGUGAGCUCAGGAGACAUGGUCAUGAGGAGCAACAGCAUCAGCUUAGAUGGCUCGGAGCGAGCCGUCAGCAGCAUCUCCGUCCUGGCCGACUCGUCCACCUCCUCCUCCUCCGACCAGGAGCCCCUGCCCUCGCACUCUCCCCUACCUGGAAAAGAGACCCAGGACCUGGGAUCACCUAGCCUCGUUGCCCCUGGUGGUCCUGAAGAUCCAGCCCUUGCAGAGGUUGCAGGUCAAGCCCUGGCACAGGAUGUAGGUCCAGCAUUUGCAGUGGAUGAAGGUCUGGCCCUGGCAGAGGAGCCGCGGCAGGAGGAGCCAGUGGAUGCUGCUGCUCAGAUGAUCGCAGUGGAUGCGCUGAAGAAGCGGCAGCAGGAAGAAGGGGAGGUCCAGGAAGGGACGGCCAAACUCACUUCUGCUUCUGUAACGGAAGACGUGAAGGUGGAGGUCCCCACUGUGCAGGAGAAAGACCCCCUGAGGGUCCACACCUCCGCCCCGGCUGGUGGUGUAGCUUCCGUUGCUGCUGACCGUAAAGCCAAGUGGUUACCUGCAAACAGGGGCAAACAGGCCAGCAGGACCACCAGGCCACUCAAACCAGCUAAUCCUGGUAAGAAUGAUGUCAAGACGUUCCCCAUGCCAGACUUAAAGAAUGUGAAAUCCAAGAUAAUGUCCCGACCUCCAUCAUCAGUGACGAGGGUGGCCAGAGGUGACCUGUUGGCUCAAGGGAAAAAUUCUGGCCCGUCUCCCGCAAGCAGCGAGAAGAGGCCUCCGGCCGCCUCACCCAGAUCUGCCCAGGGCAAACGGGACCGACACGAUGGUGGUGACGCGAGGCGGAGGUCUUCCUCCUGCCAGUCAAGAAUGGCUGCGCCCAAACCAGGUGUGCCACGUGGUACGGACCCGAACGCACGAAUGGCACCACCGUCACGGCCUCGGAAGAAGGCCUCGCAGCAGCUGAACAGCAUCCCGCACAAUUCAGUGGUCAUCUCUCGCGGCGGCCCUGAAGCCGUGGGAUGGGCGGAGGAGCCCGUGCCUGAUGGGGAGGACCGGAUGGAGAAGAGGGCAGAGGGAGCUGGAGAGGCGGCUGCCCCAGAGCUCACCGACGGCCCUGAGCCCGCAGCCGAUCCAGCAGUGAAGGAGCAGUCAGCUGCGCCGCUGGAGGAUGGUGACCAGACCGUCUCCUCCAAGCUGGGACCCAAGACCGGACUACCCACCGCCGUUGCCUCAGCCACCACCGCUGCCGCUGCUGCCGCCACAGCGGGUGCCUCCACUGCCACCUCUGCCUCUGGGCCGGUGCCAGCGCCAGCCUCCUUGGCAGCGGGUGCCGCUCCUGGGACCUCGGCCACCUCCAGGGCCAAAGCUGGAGUCGGACCGUCCGCCACCUCUGGCCGGGACGCCCGCACUGGAGUAGGGAACGUCUCCCCUCCAAGGGGCCGCCAAAUCCAGCCAGCGGGCAUUCCAAAGAUGCGGUUACCCGAGCGGAGCCUCGCUGCCUCGCAGCCCGCCCCUCCUGCUGCCUCAAAGGCUUCCCAGAAUCCCCCUGGUGCCGGCAUCACCCGCCUCCCCAGCUCCUCCAAGCUACCCAUCAAGGGCCUAUCCACAAGCCUCAGCUCCUCGUCGCUAGGUAGUGCUGCCAGUGAAAGCAAUCCCACCACCACAGCAAGAGGUCCAAACUCUGCUCCAGGAGCCAAGGCCACAAGUCCAGAUGAGAAGCCCAGUCGCUCUGCACCUUCAGUGGGCCCACAGGUCCCUAACAAGCCCCUCACCACCAAACUUGUAGGCAUGAGGAACAGGACCACUUCCAUUCCUGGCAAAAACUCUAUAACUGGGCUGAAGACGCCUGCGCUUUCCAAGCAGCCCCAGAGCCCCCUGCAGAGGAGUGCGUCCACGCGCCUCAACAGAGCCUCCGCCGCUGCCACGGUGGACAAGAACAAGCCCAAGCAGGCAGCGUCAGCUCCAGCUCCGGCGCCCGGGUCCUCUCCAGCGGCUCCCCCGGCUCCAGUGGCCUCACCGCGGGCAGCAGGGACCCAGGCCAGCGUGCUGCCGCAGCCCCCAGCGCCGGCGGAGAAGCCCCUGGGCAUUGCCCACUACAGGCAGCAGUGCGAGAGGAAGAGCCAGUGCAUCCAGCAGCUCCGCAAGCUCCUGCUGUCCGGCAACCGACACCUGGAGGCUCUCGCCCUGGUGGUCCAGCACGUCUUUGCCGAGCGCGAGGAAGCCCUGAAGCAUAAGAGAGAUCUCGCAGGGGAACUGAGUACUAUCAGACAGGAACUUGCCGGCUCGGUGUCGUGCUGCGAGUGCCUGGAGAAGGAGAAGGAGGAGGCGCAGCUGACGUUUGAGGAGACCCUGCAGAAGCUGCGGGAGGAGAACCAGGCAGAGCUCGUGCAGCUGGAGGAGCGGCUCAGGGCCUUCUACUCGGCAGAAUGGGACAAGACCCACCAGGCGUACCAGGAGGAGGCCGACAAGUGUCGCGCACUCAUGCAGCAACAGGUGGAGGAUGUUCGAUCCAAACAAGAGGCUCAUCGGCAGGAACAGGAAGCCAUCCAUGCCCAACAGAUGGAGACUCUCAAACAGCAGAAUGAAGCAACCCUGCAGGAGCUUCAGAAGACUCAUGAGCAAAACAUGAAUGCCUUGGACAAGACUCUCAAAGACUCGGAAGCAUCUCUCUCUCGACAAAUUGAGGAGCUAGCAAUGGAAAAUAACGAGCUCAAGACGAAACUCCAAGCUGAGGAGGAAAGGAGGAGGAUACUGUCUGAGAAGAGUCAGAAGGAUGCCCACACGCUGUACCUGGAGCAAGAACUAGAGAGUCUGAAGGUCGUCCUGGAGAUGAAGACUCAGCAGCUUCAUCAGCAGGACAAAAAGCUCAUGCAGAUGGAUAAGAUAGUGGAGACAAACGCGAAGCUGGAGGAAUGCCUUAACAAGGUGCAGCAGGAAAAUGAGGACUACAGAGCCAGGAUGGACAAACACCAAGCGCUGUCCAGGCAGCUCUCCACCGAGCAGGCCAUGCUACAGCAGACCUUGCAGAAGGAGUCCAAGGUCAACAAGCGUCUGUCCAUGGAGAACGAGGAACUCCUGUGGAAGCUGCACAACGGUGACCUGAGCAGUCCGCGCCGCCUCUCGCCCACCUCGCCCUUCCACUCACCCCGCAACUCAGCGUCCUUCCCCACAGCCCCCCUCUCCCCAAGAUAACCCCCGGACACCAAUACCCCAGCCCUGGACACCAAUACCCCAACGCCUCCAAAGACUCAACAACCUCACCCGGACACCUUACACCCCUGUAUUCCUUAAAACUCUUCCAUCCAAAGCUAUCCCCCAAAAAACCCCGAACGGACUUCCUUUUUAUUAUGUGAAGCCGUUCACAUCUCUUCUCAUUGUACAUUUUCUUGUAGACUUUUAAGACUCUAUAAAGAGUUGAUCCCAAAUAAAGGGUGGGAGAGAGCCAGAGACAAUGUUGCACGGAUGCACUUAAGGAGACAGGGACUGCCCACCCCCACGCUCUCCGGCCUUUUUCUCCGACUGAACGAAAGGAGAGGAGGAACGAGAAGAAGAAGAGAGGAUAUGGUGAACCUCAGGGCUUGUAUAUAGUGUCUUGCCUGUUUGAACUUUCAACUCAAGUUUUAUUUUUGAAUUAGAUUUUUCAUUUCAGCAGGUUUUGUGUACUGUGUCUAAGCAACGGGGAUGAUCCUGCUAAUUAGUAAUUUGUGCUUAGAACACUAAAUUGGGAUAAUGCAAAAGUAAUUCAAACCUGUAAUCAGUUUUGUGUUUGGAAAAUUCUUUUUUUUAUUUUUCAAGAUUACUAACUGUGUUAUGCCCUACAGGAAAUAGACUUUUAAAUCCCUCAGACACACAAAAUAUGUGAGGGGUAAAAUAAGUAAUAUAAGUAAAGUUGUACCCAAUCCAACAUCUCUACCUUGUAAUCAGACUGUAGAAUGUACUUCCCUGGAUAUUUUGAUUUCUUUCCAGAAUGUUCUUUAUCCAUAACACUGUGUUAAGGGAAUAAAUCCCUUUUCCCCACCCAGAGUGACCUGCUUUCCACAUUUAUUUUGAUUUUGAACUCAAUAAAUACAGUGCUAUGAAACCUGGAAAAUA